AAGCAGUAGAAAGAAAGUAGUUCAAAAGCAUGGAGUAAAAAAUAAUAAAGACAAGCUAUACUUAAUCUGGGUUUUAUGAAACUACGGCCGACUUUAAAGCGAAGACUUAUCUAAAUGAAAAAUGGGAAUAAAUGCACUAAAUAAAGUAAUCCGCGAAACGCAAACGCUGACAACCUUUUUGAGUGGAGUCGGGCUCGUAUUUACCAACAAGUUCUUGGAUUUCAAUCAAUCCUUGUCACGUUGUGUUUCUUUGUUAUUUGUUUAUUGUUUGUUUAUUGUUUGUCAGUUGUGAGAAGGUUUCCGAGAAGAAACUUAGAAUGGGUCGUACAUCAAAAGACAAGCGUGAUAUUUACUAUAGACGUGCAAAGGAAGAAGGUUGGAGGGCUCGUAGUGCAUUCAAAUUAAUCCAGAUUGAUAAAAGUUUUAACUUAUUUGAAGGAGUGCGUAAAGUAGUUGAUUUAUGUGCUGCACCAGGCAGUUGGAGCCAAGUAUUGAGUAGAAAGUUAGUUAAAGAUGAGGAGAAUCAGACUAAGAUUGUGGCAGUUGAUCUUCAGGCUAUGGCACCACUACCUGGGGUUAUUCAGAUACAGGGUGAUAUUACUAAGGUUUCAACAGCAAAUGAAAUAAUAAGUCAUUUUGAAGGUGAACAUGCAGAUCUUGUUGUAUGUGAUGGUGCACCAGAUGUGACAGGGUUGCAUGAUAUUGAUGAAUACAUUCAGGGACAAUUAUUACUUGCUGCCUUGAAUAUCACUACUCAUAUCCUCAAACCAAAUGGAACAUUUGUUGCUAAAAUAUUCAGAGGAAAAGACGUUGAUUUGUUGUAUUGUCAGUUAAAGAUUUUCUUUCCUGAAGUAACCAUUGCCAAGCCAAGUAGUAGCCGUAAUUCAAGUAUAGAGUCAUUUAUUGUGUGCAAAAAUUAUAGCCCUCCCGAAGGCUAUAAACCCAACAUGUCCAAUCCUUUACUGGACAGUUCACAGGAUCCUGCUUUUGACAGACUUAAAGGUGUAAAUCGCGUUAUUGUUCCUUUCUUGGCAUGCGGUGAUCUCAGUGCGUAUGAUUCUGAUAAAACGUAUAAUGUGGACGAGAGAGAUGACUAUGUUCCAUUACCUCCAGUACAAGGACCAAUCAAUCCGCCGUAUCAAACCGCAUGUUAUCUGAAGAAAAAUAAUUUACUAGCGACGCAGAAAACUGAAACUAACAUUUCACAAGAGGGUGAACACAACCGCAACAGACGAGACGAUCAUUUUCCACGAGAGACCGAUGAUUAAAGAUGAUUUUAUUUCACAAAAGCCAAGGGGAUGUUAGUAUUAAUUACGCUACUUUAGUUAUUUUGUUGCUUGUUCAGCGAAACAACAUUUUAAUAUAAUCAUUUUCUUAGUUACUGUAUUUAAGUCUCUGAAAUUAUUUAUUUCUAUUUUUACAUGGCUAGCACGAAAUCUUCAAACAACUGCCUAUGACAACUGCCUAUCACGAGCGGAUCCAAACUGAUGUCGACUCAAUAUUCAGUAAAAAUAAAUAUUUAAAAAAUAGUCAAAAUUUCACAAACACAAAAAAUUAAAUACGAAAUUGGCGUAAAUUAGGAAUAGUUUAAAUUAAAAAGGGAAAUGCCCAGGGAACGAGGUUGCUAAAUUAAGACACGAUAAAAAAUAGUGAUGGUCUAAUAUACCUGAAUAUUCCAGAAUUCGACCUUGGUAUAUGGUCGAGUAUACUCCAGUAUAUUCAAGAAUACCGUUUUUUGGCCGGUACUAUUCAACCAUAGUCGAGUGUACCGUUUUUUGGUACAUUCGACCAUGGUCGAGUGUAUCGUUUUUUGGUACAUUCAGUCAUAGUCGAGUAUAUCUUUUUUUUGGUACAUUCGACCAUCGUCGAGUAUACCGUUUUUUUUGUACCAUAUAGACCUUUUCAGCUUGCAUGAAAAUAAACCAUUUCAGAUGUUGUGAGUUGUGACCAUGGAAAUGAUGGAAUAGCCAAUGAAACUUAACCAUUUCAGACCAUGUGAUUGAAAUGGUUCAAUUUGCAUUCAAGCUAAAAAGGUCUAUUCCUGUAUAUUCGACCAUAACCGAAAAAUGGUAUACUCGUCGACCAUGGUCGUCUAGUCCAAAGUCUAUACUUUAUAGUUAUAAAACUCGCCAAUAUUUUAAGUUAAAAGUAGUUGAAUCCUAGUUUCAUGUCUAAUACGCAAUACUGUCACUAACUAUAAGUUAACUAUUUAAGUCAACUAUAAGUUAUACAUGGUCGACUGACAUUUCAGUUCAAAGUUUAAAGAUUCAUUCUUACCAUUCUUUAAUACGUCGGCCUUCGGCUUGCAUCGUGAAAUGACGGAAAUGGACGUAAAACAGAAUAACGUCACAGUUGUUGUUUGUGCUGUUCAUUUUAUAUUUCAUG